AUGCAAAGAUCCAAUUUCACAGUUGUUACAGAGUUUACCUUUGAAGGUUUCUCCAUUUUUGGGUGGCAGCAUCAGCUCUUCCUCUUCGUGGUCUUUUUGGUCUUGUACCUGUUGACCCUGGCCAGCAAUGUUAUCAUCUUGACAGUUAUCUAUCUCAACCGUCAACUUCACACACCCAUGUAUUUCUUCUUGAGUGUGCUGUCCAUUUCUGAGACAUGUUAUACCGUGGCCAUCAUCCCCCGCAUGUUGUCCAGUCUCCUUAGCCCCAAAAAAGCCAUCUCCAUUUCAGAGUGUGCCACUCAGCUCUUCUUCUACCUCACUUUUGGUGUCAAUAAUUGUUUCCUGCUCACAGCCAUGGGAUAUGACCGUUAUGUGGCCAUCUGCAAUCCUCUACGGUAUUCGGUCAUCAUGGGCAAAAAGUCUUGUAUAUAUUUGGCAAGUGGGUCCUGGAGCAUUGGCCUGAGCACAGCCAUCAUCCAAGUGUCUUCUGUGUUCAGCCUGCCAUUCUGUGAUGCCAACAUUAUCUCCCACUUCUUUUGUGAUAUCCGGCCCCUAAUGAAGCUUGCAUGUGCUGAUACUACCCUUAAGGAGUUUAUCACCUUGCUCAUCAGUCUGUGUGUCCUUGUUCUACCCAUGAUCCUGAUCUUUAUUUCCUAUGUCUUGAUUGUCACCACCAUCCUCAAGAUUGCAUCAGCUGAGGGCCGUAAAAAGGCAUUUGCCACUUGUGCCUCACACCUCACAGUGGUCAUUGUCCACUAUGGCUGUACUUCCUUCAUCUAUCUAAAACCCAAAUCCCAAAAUUCCCUGCAGGACAGACUUAUCUCCAUGACUUACACUGUCAUCACUCCCUUGCUGAACCCUGUUGUGUACAGUCUGAGGAACAAAGAGGUCAAAGAUGCCUUGCUCAGAGCUUUGGGCAGAAAAUCACUCUCUUAG